CCUCCUAGUUAAUGGUCUAAUGACACUCGGAUUAACAGGUGCACGUCAACAGACUAAUAUCUGCAAUGAAUCCCUCAUGUUAGAAAAAUUGCCUGCCUGUGGAAAAUCCUUUGAAGAGGUGAUGAAGAAAGUAGACCGUCGAAAAUGGUGUAAUCUGACAGAGUUUAUCAUGUAUUAUGACAACUUUACCCAGUGCACAGAACGUGAAGCCAACAAUGCAAGUUGCUUUUGGCCAAACCCCCUUGCAGAAGGCUUUAUCACUGGAAUCCAUAAACAGUUCUUUUCAAACUGUACUUCCGAAAAGGUUCACUGGGAAGAUCCACCAGAUGAAAUUCUCGUAACUCUGAUAUUAAUCCCAGUCAUGCUGACAUGUGCCAUGAUAACGCUGGUAGUGUGGUGCAGUAAAAGAAGUGAUAUCCUGGUUUAAGUUCCUCCUCUGGGCAUUUUUUUUCCCAUUUCUUUCUU